GUUCCGGGCCCGACUGCCGACAGCGAGCCGGUGAUAAGGGGAACCAGAAACUACCAAGUGUGACAACAAAGAAGCUCUGAAUCAAGGCAAGACCAGAGAAACUCGUCACAGAACCCGCCCGGUGAAGCACAGUCGCUCGGUAGCCCCUUCACAGUUUGCUUUGUGCCGGCUGAAGAGAGCUCGUCAUGGGGGGCAGGAAGCUGGUGCCGGCUGCUCUUUUCUGCCUUGUUCUGGCGAUGUUGCCUUCACAUGCAGUGACUGUAGCUGUCAUGUCAGUUGACCUGGGCAGUGAGUGGAUGAAAGUAGCGAUAGUGAAACCUGGUGUGCCGAUGGAGAUUGUUCUCAACAAGGAGUCGAGGAGGAAAACACCCACGGCUGUAUGCCUCAAGGAAAAUGAGAGACUUUUGGGAGACAAUGCACUAGGAGUGUCUGUGAAGAACCCCAAAAGUGUUUAUCGACACCUCCAAAGUCUCCUGGGCAAAAAGCAUGAUAACCCCCAGGUGGCGCUCUACCAGAAACGUUUCCCCGAGCACCAUCUGCAGGAGGACCCAGCCAGAGGCACAGUUUGCUUUAAAAACUCAGAAGAAAUGCAGUACACACCUGAGGAGCUCCUCGGGAUGGUGCUCAAUUAUUCUCGUGGAUUGGCUCAGGACUUUGCAGAACAACCAAUCAAAGAUGCAGUGAUCACCGUCCCAGCCUUUUUCAACCAGGCAGAGCGCAGGGCAGUCCUGCAGGCUGCACAGAUGGCAGGUCUAAAGGUUCUUCAGCUUAUCAAUGACAACACAGCUGUGGCCUUGAACUAUGGGGUCUUCAGGAGGAAAGAUAUCGACAACACAGUGAAGAAUGUGAUGUUCUAUGAUAUGGGCUCAGGCAGCACGACUGCCACCAUCGUCACUUAUCAGACAGUCAAAACCAAGGAGGCUGGCACCCAGCCCCAGUUACAGAUCCGAGGUGUCGGGUUUGACCGAGGGUUGGGGGGCUUUGAGAUGGACCUGCGACUGCGGGACCACCUUGCCAAACUGUUCAACGGGCAGAAGAAGAGCAAGAAAGAUGUGAGGGAGAACCACCGGGCCAUGGCCAAGCUCCUCAAAGAGGCUCAGAGGCUCAAGACAGUGCUUAGUGCAAACAUGGAUUUCAUGGCUCAGGUGGAAGGUUUGAUGGAUGACAUUGACUUCAAAGCUAAGGUGACCAGGGCUGAGUUUGAGGAGCUGUGCGCGGAUCUCUUUGAAAGAGUGCCCGGCCCCGUGCAGGAUGCCCUCUCCACCGCAGAAAUGAAGCUGGAUGAAAUUGAGCAGGUGAUUUUAGUAGGCGGCUCCACCCGUGUCCCCAAGGUUCAGGAAGUGCUCCUCAAAGCUGUGGGCAAAGAGGAGCUGGGGAAGAACAUCAACGCAGAUGAGGCAGCAGCCAUGGGUGCAGUGUACCAGGCUGCUGCCCUCAGCAAGGCCUUCAAGGUCAAACCUUUCCUAGUCCGAGACGCAGCUGUCUUUCCUAUUCAGGUGGAGUUCACCCGAGAGACAGAGGAGGACGGGGUCAAAUCCAUGAAACACAACAAGCGUAUCCUGUUCCAGAGGAUGGCGCCCUAUCCUCAGCGCAAGGUCAUUACAUUCAACCGCUACAGCGAUGACUUUGCCUUCUACAUCAACUACGGUGACCUCAGCUUCCUGAGUCAGGAAGACCUCAGUGUGUUUGGCUCUCUGAACCUGACCACAGUCAAACUGUCUGGAGUAGGCAACAGCUUUCAGAAGCACGCAGACGCUGAGUCAAAAGGCAUCAAAGCCCAUUUUAACAUGGAUGAAAGUGGGGUGCUCCUGCUGGAUCGGGUGGAGUCUGUGUUUGAAACUAUUGUGGAGGAGAAAGAAGAGGAAUCAACAUUAACAAAACUGGGUAACACAAUUUCCACUUUGUUUGGAGGAGGAUCGUCAGAACCUGCUCCAAACAUAACUGAACCUGUCCAGGACGAGGAGGAAGUGCCUCCGGAGUCUGGAAAGGAUGGCAAGGACGAGGAGGGCAAGGGCGAGGCCAAGACGGACGAGGCUGCCAAAGACAAGCAGGAGGAUUCAGAGAAAAGUGCAGGUGAAGAGAAAAGUCAGGAGAAGACGGAGGAUGCAGGCAGCAAGACUGAUGCCAAGGAGGAAAAGGAUGGAGAGAAAUCUGGAAGCACUGAGGCAGAGAAGGAUGUGGAGAAGAAGGCAAAACCUCAGAAAAAAAGCAAAAUCUCUGAAGACAUCACAGUGGAACUCGUCAUCAACGACAUCCUCGACCCCACUGCAGAUGAUCUCACUUCCUCUAAGAAGAAGUUGCAGGAUUUGACAGACAGGGACCUGGCCAAACAGGAAAGGGAAAAGUCACUCAACAGUCUGGAAGCUUUUAUCUUUGAAACACAGGACAAGCUGUACCAGGAGGAUUACCAGCUGGUGGUUUCAGAGGAGGACAAGGAGCAGAUCUCCGCCAAGCUGAGCGAGGCGUCGGAGUGGAUGGACGAGGAAGGCUACACGGCCACUACCAAGCAGCUGAGAGAGAAGCUUUCGCAGCUGAAGAGCCUGUGCAAGGACAUGUUUUUCAGGGUGGAGGAGCGACGUAAGUGGCCGGACCGGCUGGCUGCCCUGGACAGCAUACUCAACACCUCCAGCUUCUUUUUGAGGAGUGCCAAAAUGAUUCCAGAGGAUGACCAAAUUUUCACUGAAGUCGAGCUGAAUAUGUUGGAGAAAGUGAUCAAUGAAACAAUGACGUGGAAGAAUGAGACGGUAGCAGAGCAGGAGAAACGCUCUCCAAAGGAGCGGCCCAUCCUGUUGUCCAAAGACAUUGAGACUAAGCUGGCCCUGCUGGAUCGAGAGGUGAACUACUUGCUCAACAAGGCCAAGUUUGCCAAGCCGAAAGCUAAAGCCAAAGCCAAGAACAGCACCAGCUCAGAGAAAAGCAGCAAGGCCAACAGCACAGCGGAGGAGAAAGUCAUCCCUCCCACAGAGGAGAGCACGGACACAAAGAGUGAAAGCCCAGAGGAGGUGCAGCCGGGCGAAGCCCCACCCACUGAAGAGAGCACUUUACACACAGACUCAGACAGCCAAUCACAGCCCACAGAAGAAACAACAACUACAGGACCAACGGAGAAUGCCCAACUUGAAAACCACAUAGACGAUGAAUUAUAACAGCUGGAAGUGGGG